AUGAAGUUGACCACUAUGGGGAAUCUAGUGCUGGCACUCCUGACACUCCCAGUUCUUAUUUCACAUCUCGACUUGGCCUUCGGAGCAGAGAAGGUCCCCAUCCUGAACAUUGCUGUGAUCCUGGGGAGAACGCGCUACAUCUCGGAGAGAGACAUACGAGCUCUGUGGAGCAAGGAUGACCCCAUCGACGUGAACAUGGUGACGCUGCUGGUGAAUGAGACUGACCCCAAGAGCAUCAUCACCCAUGUGUGCGAUCUCAUGUCUGGGACUAGGAUCCACGGAGUGGUGUUUGGGGAUGGCACUGACCAGGAAGCCAUUGCCCAGAUUUUGGAUUUUAUUUCAUCCCAGACAUUCAUACCCAUCUUGGGUAUCCAUGGAGGGUCUUCCAUGAUCAUGGCAGAUAAGGAUGUGAAGUCCACUUUCUUCCAGUUUGGGGCCUCUAUCCAGCAAGAGGCCCUUCUGAUGCUGAACAUUAUGGAGGAAUAUGACUGGCAUAUCUUCUCCAUUGUUACAAGUAAAUACCCAGGGUACCAGGAUUUUAUCAGCGUCCUGAAAUUUACGGUGGACAACAGUUUUGUGGGCUGGGAUUUGCAGAACAUCAUCACCCUGGACGCGUUAGAGGGGGAUGCGAAGACUCAGAUCCAGCUGAAGAAGAUACAGUCCUCGGUCAUCCUGCUCUUCUGCUCCAAGGACGAGGCAGCCUACAUUCUGGAAGAGGCGCGCUCCCUGGGCCUGACAGGCUUUGGUUUCAUCUGGAUUGUCCCGAGCCUGACGACCGGCAACCCGGAGAUCACACCUGACGAGUUUCCCUCCGGGAUGGUCUCGGUGUCCUACGAUGACUGGGACUACCCCCUGGAGGCCCGGGUGCGAGAUGGGUUUGGAAUUAUUACCAGUGCCGCUGUGGCCAUGCUGGAGGAAUUCGGGGACAUCCCAGAAGCUAAAACCAGCUGCUAUGGACAGCUGGAGAAAACCAAGCUGCCUCCCAGUGCAUUGCACAAGUACAUGAUGAAUGUAACCUGGGAAGGCAGAGAUUUGUCCUUCACAGAAGAUGGGUAUCAGGCAAAUCCCAAGCUGGUAGUGAUAGUUCUCAACAAGGAGAGGGAGUGGGAAAAGAUGGGCAAAUGGGAGAACAAGUCCUUGACCUUGAAGUAUCCGGUCUGGCCCCGCUUCAACUCCUUCGGUGACGCGGAGACAGACGACAACCACCUGAGCAUCGUGACUCUGGAGGAGAAGCCCUUCGUCAUUGUGGAGAACGUGGAGCGCCUAACAGGCACUUGCAUGAGGAACUCUGUGCCCUGCCGCAAACACAUCAAAGACAACACCACUGCAGAGGGAACGUACAUCAAAAAAUGUUGCAAAGGCUUUUGCAUUGAUAUCCUGAAGAAGAUCGCCAGGAAUGUGAAGUUUACCUAUGACCUCUACCUGGUAACCAAUGGCAAGCAUGGAAAGAAGAUCAACAAUGUUUGGAAUGGCUUGGUGGGAGAGGUGGUGUACAAGAAAGCAAUCAUGGCUGUGGGAUCACUGACAAUUAAUGAGGAACGUUCUGAGGCCAUCGAUUUCUCUGUUCCCUUCGUGGAAACAGGCAUUAGUGUUAUGGUUUCAAGAAGCAAUGGCACCGUCUCUCCGUCUGCUUUUCUAGAGCCCUUCAGCGCUUCUGUGUGGGUGAUGAUGUUUGUGAUGCUGCUUAUUGUGACUGCUAUAGCUGUCUUCCUCUUUGAGUAUGUCAGCCCUCUGGGAUUCAACAGAAACCUUGCACAAGGCAGAGACCCCCAUGGACCCUCCUUCACAAUUGGAAAAGCAAUAUGGUUACUGUGGGGCCUGGUUUUCAAUAAUUCUGUGCCUGUUCAGAACCCCAGAGGGACCACCAGUAAAUUCAUUGUGUCUGUGUGGGCCUUCUUUGCUGUAAUCUUCUUGGCCAGCUACACUGCCAACCUGGCUGCCUUCAUGAUCCAGGAAGAGUUUGUUGACCAGGUCACUGGACUUAGUGACAAAAAGUUCCAGAGUCCACAUUCAUAUUCACCUCCAUUUCGUUUUGGGACAGUUCCCAAUGGAAGUACAGAAAGGAAUAUCAGGAAGAAUUAUCCUGACAUGCAUCAGUACAUGGUCAAAUACCAUCAGACUGGGGUGCAAGAUGCACUGGUCAGCCUCAAAACUGGGAAACUGGAUGCCUUCAUAUACGAUGCAGCUGUGCUAAACUACAUGGCUGGGAGAGAUGAGGGGUGUAAGCUGGUGACCAUCGGGAGCGGUUACAUCUUUGCCACCACGGGCUAUGGGAUUGCGCUACAGAAAGGCUCAUAUUGGAAACGUCAGGUUGAUUUAGCAAUCCUGGCCAUCAUCGGAGAUGGUGAGAUGGAGGAGCUGGAAGCACAGUGGCUGACAGGCAUCUGCCACAACGAGAAGAACGAGGUUAUGAGCAGUCAGUUGGAUGUUGACAACAUGGCAGGUGUCUUCUACAUGCUGGCCACAGCCAUGGCUCUCAGUAUGAUUGUCUUCAUCUGGGAGCACUUGUUCUACUGGAGGCUGCGCUACUGUUUCACUGGCGUGUGUACUGGCAAGCCUGGACUGCUGUUCACCAUCAGCAGGGGUAUAUGGAGCUGCAUUCAUGGUGUCCAUAUUGAUAUGAAAAAGAAGUCCCCAGACUUAGACUUCAGUCCUCAGGCUAACAUGCUAAAGCUUAUUAAGUCAGCCAAACAGAUGACUAAUAUGAGCAAUCUCAACUCGUCAAGGAUCAACUCCCCUAAGCGCCCCACUGACUUCAUGCAUUCAUCCGGACCCAUGCUAAUGGACAUGAUGGGAGAUAAAGGGAAUUUUGUCUACACCGACAAUCGCAGCUACGCCCCAAAGGAGAUGAUUUACAGCGACUCCAGCGACUUCCAGGCCUUCCUGGCCAACCGCCACAAGGACCACCUCAACAACUACGUGUUCCAGGGCCAGCACCCCCUGACCCUGAAUGAAGCCAAUCCCAACAAGGUCGAGGUCACUGUCAACGCAGAGGCUGCACAAACCAGCUCCAAGCCACGAGCUCUGUGGAAGAAGUCGGUGGAGACGCUGCGGCAGAACCAGGGCGGUGCCGCUCCAGAUCCGCUUCCCCCUGACUCCCGGCUGACCAUGAAGAGCCAGCGCUACCUCCCCGAAGAGGCUGCUCACUCCGACAUCUCCGACUGCUCCAGCAGGGGGACCUCUUACAAAGAUCCCGACAAUAACCAGAAGCACCUGAAACCCAAGGAUAACUUAAAAAAAAGAUCGAUGACAUCAAAAUACCCUAGGGAUUGCAGUGAGGUAGAGUUGUCCUACUUAAAGAGCAAGCAGGUAGGGCAAACCCGUGAAAAAAUAUACACCAUAGACUCAGACCGGGAGCUGAGUUUGCACUCGGAUUCGCUGCAUUACAGGGAAAGCAGAGUGCUGUCCGAAGAUUUGGAAUAUCCUGAAAUGUAUUCAGACCACAAUGACAACUACAGGACCCCCGAUCAACCAAUCAUCCAUCUCAACAGUAGUCCCCUCCAUCACACUGACACCGAGCUUGUCCCCUCAACAGAUAACAAAUACAACCAGUACACCAAAUACUAUAGCUUGAAGGAGAAGAACGUCACUCCUCACGAGACAAACGACCACUACAAACAAACUCAUUGUCGGAGCUGUCUGUCUAAGAUGCCAAAUUAUCCACCGCACUACACUGUCAGAUCCCCUUAUAACCGCUGUGAAGCCUGCCUGCACAUGGGAAAUUUGUACGACAUAAGCGAGGAUCAAAUGUUGCAGGAAACAGCCAACCCCCCUGUACAACCGAACAAAAUGUUCACUCAGUACUGGAGCCAGACUGACGGGCCACACGCAGAUAAGAGAAACAGACUGCGACUUAGCAGGCAGCAUUCCUAUGACAAUCUCCUCGACAAGCCCAAGGAUGUAGAUCCAGGGCGGCCGGCGCGCAGCAUCAGUCUGAAGGAAAAGGACCGGUGUCUGGACGAUGCUUAUGCAAACCUUCUCAGUGUCAAACAAGACAAACUGUUCGGCAGCAAAUCCAUGCUCUUCAAUCACAACCUGGAGGAGAUAAAGAGAAGCAAGUCACUUUACCCCGACCACCCCACAGACAACCCCUUCUUCCAUUCCUUACGGGACGAUCAGCGCCUCGUCCAUGGCAGGAGCUCCUCUGACAUUUACAAACAGUUGGCCCCAAUCAAAUCAUGGUCAAGUGACAACAAUCAGAGGUCCUCAGUGAAGUCCACCACCUCCUACUGCUCUAGAGAUGAUCGAACACCUAAUGACAAGUACUUUUCUGAGCAAGUAAUGCCUUAUGUAGCCAAUAAGACGAGUGCAUACACAACUCCCCGGGUUCUGAAUUCUUGCAGCAAUAGACGAGUAUACAAGAAAAUGCCUAGUAUUGAGUCAGAUGUUUAAUGCUCUGUUUGUACAGCUUAAAUAUUAAUCCACAUACAUGUAAAUCAUGUAACUAAGUACUUUCUUGAUAAAAGAAAAGAAGCAAAGACUUCACUUCCAGGUUAUUUUUUGUGUAUCAAUAAGUUUAUCAUAUGGGGCUUGCUGAUGAUUUUCAGUGUUUAUUUUGUCUUGGUAACAUUUUUUAGACUUAAAGUAUAUUUUAAGAACAGGUCAAUGCCAGUGCCAUUGGGAAUAGUUGGUUUCUGUUUGAGCAAUCUUACUUUCUGGUGCUGGUUUUCCUUCCAGCUGGAUGAAAUGAUGAUACCUUGUCAGAGCAGUUGGACCAUUCUGGUCAAGACUGGCAUUGGGCAAAAUGUAAAAUGCAAAAACAAAAAAAUAAAGACAAAAAACAGAGGCACUAGUUAUAAUAUCAUCACCAUGAUUGUGCAUAUAGGCAUGGUUGGAAGCCAGAGACAUUUGUCUUCAUUCAAAAAAUCUGGCUAAAAAGUGCUCAUGUAGUGUGGUAUUCACUCCUGAUACUCAGAUAUGAACCUCAUGAAAGCGAGGGUAUACGAUAUGCAUUAUUGCACUUAUAACAUUUUUGCAACAUUGCUUUUGUUGUAUUAUUAUAGAUGUGGGAUUUUGGCAUUCUAAUCCCUAUUUAAAAUGGUUGAGCAUUUAGCUUAUUUAGUAGCACCCUGAAGCCAUUAGUUAACAUCUCAUCUUUGCUUUAAAAAAAUAUAAUUACAGUCUGGAAAAGACUAUUUUGCAUGUAUUAUUUUGGUAUUCAAAACAAAAUAAUAAUUUACAUUUGAUGGAAGUGGUCUUGCUGAUUCAAGGUGGAUGCCUGUGCAAUCAAAACUUAGAAACUGUAAUUAGAAACUGAGACUGAUGAUCGUGGUUUGUAUGAACAGCAAAACAGUUCUGGUGAAUAGUAGGAAUACAUGGGAUAUUGUACGGAUUCUCAAUGUGAAACAGGGUAAUAAAGAUUUCAAAGUUGUUCACAAAAUCACAACAUUUUUAUUACUUAUCUUGUAUAACCAUUCAAUACUGAUGUUGGCAGGAGUGUUUUAAUUUGCAUUCUGGUUUGAAUUUAAUAAGAACAUAAUUGCUCUUCUAAAGAUGGUUGUGUUAUAACAUUUUUACUUUGUUUUGUGAAAAGAGUAAGAAAUUGAAAUGACUGUAAUUAAGUGUAUGUCUCUGUGUUGCCAUACAGAAGUCAAAAUGAAGUGUGAAACAACCUGGUUAAGUCAACAGUGUUAAAGAGAAUAUUAAUGUUAAUUUAUGGCCAACACAGAGUGACAACACAGAAUGAGCAGCUGCUAAAAAACUCAAUUCUCAUUUUCAACACUAAAACAUUCACUUGUUUAUUCAGUGAGAUAAUAUAAAUGAAUUAAAUAUUAAAUGAAUGGUCAUUCUCACAGUCUACUGUAAGUUAUGGGGAGAAAUACACCACACACAUUAAACAGACAUAUCGGUUUCCUGGGUCAUUUGUGACUACAAACAAUGGAAAUGUUACCUUUGUUUAUAAAGAAAAUGUUCUUUGGCCUAUCAUACAAAUUAAAAACCGCAAGGAGGCCCACACUCCAAUCAUUAAUCAAGCAGGAAUUACUGUAACAACUUAUUUUAUUUAUAUUCAAGUCGUAUUUGGAACUAUAGACUCAAGCCCAGGAGACACGUAAUAUUCUGCAGAAUUAGAGACAUAGUAAUGUCCAGUAAUGAGUCAGACCGGAUAUUACAUUGUUGAAAUUACUUAAUUAAUAAUUCAUUAUCAUUGUUGGAGUUCCAGGGAAGACAGGUUUAUGGAAAUGAUUUUGUUAUGUCUGUAUUAUGAUUGUAAUCACUAUGGAUAUGCAUUCAACUGAUGUCCGGCAUUUCAGAACUAUAUUUUCCAGUCCUGCCUGCUCACAAUAUUUUAUAGAGUGGCCAUCAAUUUAACUCUCUUAGUUGUAAGUGAAACUCUUGGUGGCACAGAGAUUGAUAUCAUCUUUGAGAUUAUCUGUCUCUGAUCACACUUUUAAAGAUGCUGCAGAGAUGUGAAUAUAUAUAAGACCUCCACACAGCCUUUUACACAUAACAUAUUAAUGUUUGGAUGUGAUAUUUUUAAAUGUUUUUGAAGAUUUUCAUAUUUGUGUGCAAAUAUUUUCAGUAUAUUUUCCAGAGAGAACUGCCAUGUCUUCUUUAAGCUUGCCCAUUUUUCUGACAAAAUAUAUUUUGUGCAUCAUUGCUUAUAGUAUUACAGUAUGUACUUUGCAAGCCAUUUUUCAACUUAUUUAUUUAUUUUUGGUUAUCAGAGCAUUUUUUUCUUCAACCAGUUAUAUAAAAUGUAAGAUGCUGCCAAAGGAAGCUAAUGUUUGAGCAAUAUCCACAUGUAUAAUACAAAGUUGCAAUAUAAGAUUGAUAUGAGGAAUCCAUCAUUUUUUCUUGGUCAUUCACUGAUUUGUUUAUUUUGAUUCAUUUUGGUGUAAGUACCCUUGUCUUAUUUAAAACAAAAUAAAAGUUGUGAAUGCAUUUAAAAAGAUAAUGGCAUGCAAAAAUCUUUAUGUAAUACACUUAAUGGCUUUUCUUUUCUUUGAUUUUGUGAACACUAAUGAUUUGUAUCUGAUUGAAAAUAAAUGUACAAGAAUGCCUAUUUAAGGAGAAACAUUCAGAACUGGACUUGAAUUAAGUACUGUUGUUUUGGAUUACAGCAAAGUGAAGGCCUUCUGCCCAGUCUAUUGCUUGAUACUCAGUAUGUGCCUCUGUACUAUAACUUUUUUCCCCUGUCUAGUAAAGCAGCGUGUUUUACCAUA